GCGGCGACGUGAGCCCUUUGUCGAUGAAGCUCCCUCCCGCGCCGGAGCCGGAGGGGCCGCGCCGCCGCUGAGGGGCACCGGGCAGAGCCGCCGGCAGCAUGCGGUGCCCCCCGCCACUGCUCCGCCGCCUCCCUGCGCAGCCGCUGCUCUAGAGCCCGGUGCGGCCAUGGGCAGCGCUGCCCGCUGAGCCACGGUGGGGCCGUGCGAGGCGCGGGGAUGUGUCAGCGGGCGGCGGGCGGCCGGCGGAGCUGGGGGCGCCCCACGGGACCCCGCGGAGCGCCCGGCACCGCGCUGCCCCACCGCGCCCCACCGGAGGGAGGCCGAGCGGGCCUGGCCGCGGCCGUCGUGCUGCUGGGGGUGAUCGCCGCCGUGCUGCCGAGCGCCCGUGCCCAGCCGGGUACCAGGCAACAGCAUAUCAUCAUUGCUCCUUCUACAGGAUCUUUUCCUAAUUGGAGAGCUAUACUAUCACCCACACGGCCUUCCACAGAAGCUAAGGCUUCCUCGGUAGCUGAUAUUUCUAUGGGACAGACUUUGGAGAAUGCAAACUUGCUUCAGAUGAUAAAAACAACACUGACUGGCACACGUACCAGGACUGUGGAUCAAACUUAUCUGCUGCCGACCCUUUAUCAAGGCAGUGGAAACAGUGCAUCCCAGGAACCCGCUGAAGUUUCAGCUGAGUCACCUCUGAGGUCAUCACCUCAAGAUGCAGAUGAAGCAGCUGAUGUAUCAGGUUUGCCUCAACUUGUGUUAUCUGGAGUAUCUUCUGGUGCAAUACCUACAGUAGGAACUUCAGAAGCAAAACCACUAACAAGAAAAUCAUCUCCAGCUUCACCAGUGCCAACUUCUUCCUUCUUUUCUCUAGGCACUGAAAGCACACCCUUGCCAUCUGUGAUGGCUUUAAGCACACUAAUGUUGACACUUACAAAAAAUAACACUGCUACAAAAUUGACAUCGCAUCUAAGCUCAGUAGGAACACAUACAGAUUUUCCUUUGGCAGCAAGGAACACAACUGCCUCACCUGUGGACCUGACAGCUAUGAUCAUAACCCCUAAAAGCAGCAUGGUCAUAGCUCCCACACUUGCACCCUCAGCACAUGUACCAAGGCAGAUAGAAACAGUAACUGACACCCAGAAGUUUCCGAGCUCAGAAAUCACCAAAACGCCAACCCCAUAUCCACUGACAAUUACAGCAGCUUUGACAUCUAUUACAGCAUCAGCGAAAACAACUAGGCUUCCCCCUACUCCUGUGGGAAACACCUCUGCUCCUCCUGAAAGCACAGCCCUCGCGUUUGCUAACAUGACAGCAGCUCCCCCCCUCGAGUGCCGGCUCUCCUGGAACGUUAUGGUGAAAACAGUUCUGUUUCUGAACACAAGGAGGAUGCUGAUCAGCAAUUCCUUCAAAGAGAGUGUGAGAAGAGGACUCAACCAAGUUCUGAGACAAGCUUUCAACCAAAAUGUCAGUGCUCAGGUUGAAAUCCUGGAGCAAGCGAAUAACCUAACAGUUGGUUACUACGUUACCCAGGGGAGACUGGUUUUUAUGCCAGCAGCUGUAAUCGAAAGGCUUCUUGCAUACGGUGUUAGCAACGCCACAGCAGACAUGAAGCAGUAUGUGCCACACCUGCAGUCUGUGGUGGCCCUGGCCUUGCCCUGGAAGCCCUUUCCAGCCUACCACUUCCAGCUGAAGACAGAGCUGCAGUUUGUGGGUCAAACAGACAAUAUACAGUCAUGCAAAUUUGUUCAGACCAUGGAGCAACGGUUACAGAGGGCAUUUCAGGAUGCUGAAAGAAAGGUCUUAAACACCAGCAACAACUUAACAGUUCAGAUUUUGAACACCUCCAAUGUCUCCCAAGCUGUCACUCUGUUUUACGUAGUGAACAAUCAAAGCACAACUCUAAAUGGCACUAUUUCUAGCGACCUUCUUAAUCAGCUGUCAGCUGAGCUGGUGGGUUUCUACCUAACUUACCCACCUCUCACCAUUGCAGAGUCUUUGGAGUAUCCAAACCUCGAUGUCUCAGAGUCAACUAGAGACUACUGGGUGAUAACAGUUAUUCAAGGGGUUGAUAUGGCACUGCUGGGACUGAACAAUCAGAGCUUUGCACGACUGAUGGAGCAGCGUUUGGCUCCUCUGUUUAUGAUGUCCCAUGAGCAAGGAAGACGUUUCAGACGUGCCACUACUGUGGGCAGUUACACUGUGCAGAUGGUAAAAAUCCAACGUAUUCCAGGGCCCAAGGAGCCAGCUGAGCUGACAUACUAUACCUUAUACAAUGGGAAACCUUUGCUGGGGACCGCAGCUGCCAAAAUUCUGAGUACUGUUGACUCCCAGCGCAUGGCCUUGACACUGGGUUAUGUUAUUCAAGUUCAAGCUGAUCCUGUGGUGAAGAAUCCCCCAAACAACCUGUGGAUCAUUGCAGCAGUGCUGGCUCCCAUUGCUGUGGUUACAGUUAUCAUCAUCAUCAUCACAGCAGUUCUGUGCAGAAAGAACAAGAACGACUUUAAACCAGACACCAUGAUGAACCUGCCUCAGAGAGCAAAACCCGUCCAAGGCUUUGACUAUGCCAAGCAACACUUAGGUCAGCAAGGAGCUGAAGAUGAGGUUUUACCUGUAACUCAGGAGACUGUUGUACUCCCGCUUCCAGUUAGAGAUGCUCCUGCCUCCCAAGAGAGAGAAAUUACUCAGGAUGGGAGUACUAUCAAAACUGCCAAAUCCAAUGAAACAAGGAAAAGCCAGUCACCGAGUCAGAAUGGCUCCAUCAUCAGCAACGUGUCGGGGAAGCCCAGCUCCGAGCGGAGCUCUCUCCAGAAAGUAAUGGCACCGCAGAAAGUGGCAAAAGAGGAAGGAAGGAAAAGAAAUGUGCCCAUAAGUGAUGAAGAGGAAGGAGGCAUUCUCUUUGAUAAUGUUGCCAAAUCUGCCAUUGACCCCUUUGACACCUCUUCGGGAUCGGUGCAGCUGAUAGCAGUCAAACCUGUGGCUCUACCUGCGGUUCAUGCUGCAUCAGAGAGGAGCCAGGAAUCUGCCAUCAUUAAUGGAGAGGUGAACAAGGCUUUGAAGCAGAAGUCCGAUAUAGAACAUUACCGCAACAAACUGCGCUUGAAAGCCAAGAGGAAGGGGUACUAUGAUUUCCCACAGGUUGAUAAUAGCAAGGGGCUGACAGACAGAAAAAGGAUGUAUGAAAAAAACCAGAAAGAACUUGACCACAUUUUGGGUCCAGAUGCAGAUGUCUCGUCCCCAUUUGCUGAGCCAAAGAACAGGCAACCACUGAAGAACUCUGUAUACAGAAGCAGGCAGUCUUUGAACAGCCCUAGCCCAGGAGAAACUGAGAUGGAUCUUCUUGUGACUCGAGAAAGACCUAGGCGAGGAAUCCGUAACAGUGGAUAUGAUACUGAGCCUGAAAUUAUAGAAGAAACUAAUGUCGACUGUGUCAAUGAGCCUCGGGGCUACGCCAGGUCCCGUCAGGCCAAGGGCCACUCAGAGACCUCAACUUUAAGUUCUCAGCCCUCCAUCGAUGAGGUUCGGCAGCAGAUGCACAUGCUUCUGGAAGAGGCUUUCAGCCUGGCCUCUGCGGGCCAUGGAGGACAGAGCAGGCAGGAGGCUUACAGCUCCGCACCACACUUGCCCUACUCCGAGGUUGUGACCAGUGCACCUGGUACCAUGACCCGGCCUAGAGCAGGGGUACAGUGGGUACCUACAUACAGACCAGAAGUGUAUCAGUACAGUUUACCAAGACCAGCUUACAGAUUUUCUCAGCUUCCUGAGAUGGUAAUGGGUUCUCCUCCACCACCUGUCCCUCCCAGAACAGGUCCUGUGGCUGUUGCAUCUCUCAGGAGGUCUACAUCAGAUAUUGGCAGCAAAGUGAGAAUACCUGAGUCCAGUGGGGCAGAUCAGGCCCAGCAUCAUGAUCAGGCAUCUUUUGCACCAGGCUCAAGAGCUCCAUUGUCUGUUGGUCCACUUGAUCAGUCAGCUUUUCACUCAGGAAAUACCGUACCAGCAGUGUUUGCCAUACCAGCAGGAAACCGACCUGGCUUCACAGGCUAUUUUAUCCCAACGCCACCCACUGCAUACAGGAACCAAGCCUGGAUGCCCUAUGCUGGAGAGAAUGAAUUACCAGGGCAGUGGGCAGACUCAGUUCCACUUCCUGGAUACAUCGAGGCUUAUCCGAGGCCCCGUUACCAACACAACUCUCCUUCCCGACUGCCUCGGCAGUACAGCCAGCAAGCAAGCAUGCAUCCCAGCCUGGAGCAAGCUCCUUUGCCAUCCACUGCAGCUUCCCAGCAGAGCCUGACAGAAAAUGACCCGUCUGAUGCUCCUCUCACCAACAUUUCUACAGCUGCCCUUGUAAAGGCAAUAAGAGAAGAAGUUGCUAAGCUGGCCAAGAAGCAAACAGAUAUGUUUGAGUUUCAGGUCUAGUAUCUUUUGUGCACAGUAUUUGUAUCAUGCAACCUGGAGUAGCCAAAAAAGUAACUCUCAAUUUUCAGUUACAAAUUUGCUGUGAAUUGUGCCAAGGUGAUGGCAUUUUUCUCUGUCUGAAAUGUCAAUACUAUGAAAUUACUUAAAGUACAGCAACAGGACUCUGAACACAUAUAAUUCUGCUUGCCAGCUAAGGAAAUGCUGCCAGGUAUAACUGUUUCAUAUGGAUAAGAGUGAUAUGCAGUUGUCACAUAGCUCUUGUAUUAUGACCCAUCAUCAUUAGAGAUGCUGUUGAACAUGUCUGUGCCACGCAGUGUUUCAUCUGCAGGCCCAAGGUAAAGCUGCCGAAAAUAACUUCUGCAUGUCAAAACUUUGAUUGAAGAAGAGAAUACAGUAGAAUAUGGUUAGCUAAAGGCCACAGUAAGUGCAGAAAGGGGCAUGUGAGUUUGCUGCAGGACAUUGUAUAAGGGAUGCUGAUUUCAGCAAUGCAGUCAUUCAGCCUUUUCAUUCUAGAGACUGCAUUCAAACCAAGAGAAUUUGAGGUUAGUAAAUACUACAAAUAAAUAUCCUGUAAAUAGCCCCUAUUCUCCUCAUCCUAUUAACAGUACAAAAAGGUGAAAGGAGAGAAGACUGUGAAGAAGGUGAAUGAUAAUUUGAUAAUCGGUGGCUACCUUGUCCCUAGAUGCUACUGAUGAGUUAUGGAGAAGACUUUUCUUAUUGUGAAAGUAUACAAUGCACGAAGAGCCACAAAGGAUAUCGGAGCUAGAAGCUUCCAGAUAAAUGAAUAAGGGUUAUUCGUGUUUGCUCUAUAUUCAGGCUUUUCACUCCAAAUGCAUGUGAAGCUGGUAAACCUGAGACCUUUGCACAAGUCUUUUCAACCUGGAAUAAUGAAUACACCUGCCUGGACAAGAAAACCUCUGUUUAACACAGUGCUUUUUUCUCUUUCUUAAUGUUAUCUACUAAAGUGAUCCCAGAAAGUGCUACCUGAAGCUGCAGUUGAGUUUUUUGAUUAUACUGGAACAGUGAAGGCACACCUAAAAAGUUCUGAAUGUAGAGGACUUAAUUAUUAUAUUAAUGUGUAAAUAAGUAAGCAGUUACAUGGAUUAAAAAAAAUAGUAGUGUUCUGUGUAAAAGCGAGCAUCUCCAGAAAUUAUGCUGACUUUAUAUUGUGCAAGAUAAAGGUCAUUGAUUGUUAAACCGCAUUGUUGUAUGAAUACAAUCCCAAAAGAAAAUCAGACUAGUUGAAUGGGACAGUAGUUGAUCUUUUGCAGUUGUACAAACUUGUUGGAGAUCACAGUUGUUUUCUGUUCCUUUAGCAAUUAGCUUCGGGUACUGAAGUUGUUGCAAUAUUUGUUGCGUUAGGCAUGUAUGACGUCAGCUGGAGUUAAAGGUAAUGUCCUUCAUUUCAGUAAAUUAUUUAGUUCUCCUCAGUUGCUUAUGCUAUGUUGCCUGAUCAUUCAUUUCCCUGAGUUUCUUUGGUCUUUACUGAAGUGAGAAAGGGAACUUGGUUUAGCUUUUCGGCCAUCAGUAAAAUGAGAGGGGACUAGAAUACGGAGAGAAGAUGAAGUUGAUGAAGCACAAACUUUUAAAGCAGAACUAUUUUUUCCCCAAAAUAAUUAUAUUAUAAACCCUAACUGAUAUUGUGAUACAUAGUUGUCCUAGAAUAUACAGAUAUCUUCUGCUCCAAAAACCUUAAAUAUUGCAGAAGCUUUUGGAAUGCUACCUAAUCUUUCAACAAAUGUGAAAUUUCAUUUUUAUUAUUUAAAAAUCAGAUAUAAAUAAAAUGUAUUUUUGUAAUUUCUA